AUGGAGGAGACGUCGCCCCCGCUGCUGGGCAGCAGCAAGCCGCACCUGGAGAAGCUGACCUUGGGGGUCACUCGCAUCCUAGAAUCAUCCCCAGGUGUGACAGAGGUGACCAUCAUAGAAAAGCCACCUGCUGAACGUCAUAUGAUUUCUUCAUGGGAACAAAAGAAUAACUGUGUGCUGCCUGAGGAUCUGAAGAACUUUUACCUGAUGACCAACGGCUUCCACAUGACGUGGAAUGUGAAGCUGGAUGAACAUACCAUUCCAUUGGGCAGCAUGGCAAUUAACAACAUCUCAAAACUGACUCAACUCAACCAGUCUUCCAUGUACUCACUUCCUAACGCACCAACUCUGGCAGACCUGGAGGACGAUAUACAAGAAGCCAGUGAGAACCAGCCAGAGAAGCCUCACUUUGAUUCUCGCAGCGUGAUAUUUGAGUUGGACCCUUGCAACGGGAAUGGGAAGGUUUGCCUCGUCUACAAAAGAGGGAAACCAGGAUUAGCACAGGACACUGAGGUCUGGUUCCUGGACAGAGCGUUAUACUGGCAUUUUCUCACAGACACCUUUACUGCCUAUUACCGCCUGCUCAUCACUCACCUGGGCCUGCCCCAGUGGCAGUACGCCUUCACCAGCUAUGGCAUUAGCCCCCAGGCCAAGCAAUGGUUCAACAUGUAUAAACCCAUCACCUACAACACAAACCUCCUCACUGAAGAGACCGACUCCUUUGUGAACAAGCUGGAUCCUAGCAAAGUGUUCAAGAGCAAGAACAAGACCAUAAUCCCCAAAAAGAAAGGGCCUGUUCAGCCUGCAGGCGGCCAGAAAGGGCCCUCAGGUCCUGCUUCCACCUCUAAAUCCUCCUCUGGGUCUGGAAACCCUGUCCGGAAAUGAGCAGCCCCCUCCGCCUCCUCGCCUGCCCCACAGUGGUGGUGUCGUACACAGAUGCCCUGGGCAUGACCCAACCUCAGAGUCUGUGUGUGGAACCGCAGUCCUUUUUCCGUCUGCACUUGAUCUCAGCAAAAGGCUGAGAAGCGAUUCCUCUCCCCAUCUGAAUGACAGAGUCCUAGGCCUUUUACUCCCAUUGGCCUGAGCCAGGAGUUGGAAGGUCAUAUUCAGGUCUCCCCAAGAAUCCUUCCACAUACCCAUUACAGCAGGUUGCGCCAUCGGCUGCUCCUAGGAGAUUUGAGGAAUGUAAGGUUUUAUGUAAGUGACUAAGUAGAUCUGUUAAGAGCUUUCUGCUCUUUCUACCCCAACCCCCAACCCCUCAGCAGUAAUUGUAGAAGUUCCCCAAAGAAACCACUGGUUUUGACCUAGGAGGCAUUAGAACUAUGCUGUUUAAUUGGUAGCCACUUUUAAAGCAGCUAAAUUUAAACCAUAUUAAAAAUUCAGUUCCUCAGUUUUAUUAGCCACAUUGGAAUAUUUGCGUGGCUAAUGGAUUCUAUAUUAGAUACCACAGAGACAAUGAAACAUUUCUAUCAUUGCAGAAAGUUCUGUUGGGUAGGUAGCACUACAUUAGGAUAUUUUUGCAUUACCUUUACUCAGAUCAGUUCAUUUUUGUUAGAGAAUAUUGAACACUCUCACAAUUUGAUGGGUUAUAAUGUUCCAUGUAAAAUCCUGAAUAUACAUUUUUAUGUUUUUUAUA